AUGAAAGAUUUCCCACCAUCUUCAGCUGUCCCUCCUGUCAAUCACCCUCAAGUUCAACAAUGGUUAGCUGAGAUCGAUUUGACGGGCGUUCCGUCGAUCCCCCUGAAUUCGGGUGACCCGCCAGACUGCCCCGCCAAAGUCGAACCUGGUGUCUGUUAUUGGACCUGUGAGGACUGUGCAAGCGAUGAUGUGGUCGAGUGUCCAGACAAGAAUGUCUGGGGAUUGACGUUUGAUGAUGGCCCAACGCCGGCGACUCCAGACCUCUUGGCGUUCUUGGAUCAGCAACAGGUCAAGGCGACCUUCUUCUUGAUCGGUGCCAAUGUUGUUCAGUACCCAGACAUGGUUGUGAAAGAGGCUGCUGCCGGACACCACCUGGCAUCCCAUACUUGGUCCCAUCAUGCAUUGACGACAUUGACGAACGAGGAAAUUGUGGCCGAGAUCAAGUGGACGGAGAAGGCUAUUAUGGAUGCGACAGGUCUCCGAGUCCGGUACAUGCGACCCCCAUACGGAGAUGUUGACAACCGUGUCCGCUUUAUCCUCAAAAAGCUCGGAUACACUGUUGUUGAUUGGGGUGGAGAUACCUUUGACUCGAACGACUGGAAGAUCCCUCAAAUGUCUAGCUCUGCAGUGGUUACUCACUUUCAAAAGUCAAUUACAACCUACGCCACCAACGCCGCCAACAACACCAAAGGUUUCAUCUCACUCGAGCAUGACCUUACUUCCCAGACCGUGAACGUUGCAAAGACACUGAUUCCCUUUGGCAAAGAGCACAACCUUCAGAUCAUGAGUGUUGCCGAUUGCCUUCGUGACGCGUCGCCUUAUGGCGCCAAUAACACUGCAGUGGUCUCUCCUAUCAGAUCUCUUCCACCACCACCACCUCCUUCAUCACCCGUCAAUCCCAUCGCACAGGGCGCCGGGUUGGAUCUGGAUUAUCAUCACAAUGCGGCGGUUGGCCAAAAGAAGGCAGCGGCGGCAGCUGUGUGGUCGUCGGGCAUUGUUUUGGGCUCCAUCGUUAUCGCAGCAGGAUUGGCGUUACUCUAA